AUGGAUACUGCCCGCAUUAGACUUCCUCAUCCUAGAAACCCAAUUGUCAGUACCAACAAUGAAAUCAAUAGUAGUGGUAGAAGAUCGUCUGCAUCCUUACAGAGAUAUACAUUUCCUAAUGUCACACCUCCAUCUGUAAUGCAGUCUCAACGUAGAUAUGUACAAAAUUAUCAGCAACAACAACAACAGCAACAUCAGCAACAGCAAUAUAUGCGAGCAUCUCAAUAUGUUGGCGACCAUACUGGUCUCGUCACUCCCGUAAAGCCUGUAUACAAGCUUAUGUGUAGACAUUGCACAACUCCCGUUUGCGCUCGUGGCAUGAAGGCCAUCUUGCUUGCUGAUACAACCAUUGAAUUAUACAGCACAGAUACUCCAUCUCAAUGUAUUCACGUAUUGGAGAAAGAUUAUCUCACAAGAUCGUGUCAUUGCAGAAUUCGAGAUGUUGCAUGCUUGGAAUGCGGUAAUGUCAUUGGCUAUCACGUAGUAUCUCCAUGUUCCCAAUGCCUGGAUGCCUGCAACAACGGCCACUUUUGGAUGUUCCACUCAAGCGCAUGUAAGCCUGCCGAGAGACACGACAAGAACAAGCAAAUCAUGCUGUGGAACAACUUGCCUAGAGCAGAGAUGGAUUUAGAAUUUAUGAUGGGAACAAGGAUUCCAUACGAUCAACUUUGUAGAUAA